AUGGACUGGCCAUACCAGUUCCUCGACCUCUCCCAGGACGAGAAGCAUGCCCGUCGCCAGUCUCUCGACAGAUAUGCUCUGUACGCUCAGCUUUCAGCUUUGAUCCCCAUCGGCCUCAUCUGGCUUUACCAAACCGUCAACAGGUCCUCCUCCUCCUCCUCUCGUCAAAAGAGGGACUACACCGCGGUCUCCAGCUCCGACUCCUUCAACACCCGGAAGCAAAGCAAUUCCUGGUCCAAGUUCCGCUGGUGGCUAGGCGAAGAUGUCGUCGCCUUCGGAGAAGUCCUAGGCCAGCGAGACCAAUGGGUAGGCGGCAUCAUCUGGGCCAUCUGGCUCUUAAUCCUCUGCGUAGCCGGCACCGGCCGCGAUUACAUGCACUUGACCAAGCGCUUCGGCAUCGUCGCCGUCUCGCAGUACCCUAUGCAGUACAUGUUAACCCUCAAGUCCUUCAACCCGGUCUCCUGGACGCUCAAGCUCUCGCACGAGGAAACCAACCGCUGGCACCGCGUGCUCGCCCGCGUCACCACUUUGUUGCUCAGCUUGCACACCAUCUUCUACUACAACUACUUCAUCCAGAACAGCAUCCUUUUACAAAAGCUGCAGUCACCCGUGGUAGUCUACGGCAUGCUCUCCUUUGCUGGUCUAAACCUGAUGAUCACCACCGCCUUGCGUCCGCUCCGCAAGCUUUCCUACCGCGUCUUCUUCGUCACCCACCUUCUCAUCGCCCUCGGCCUGCCGGUCGUCCUCUGGUUCCACGCCUCUUCCUCGCGCAAAUACAUGCUCGAAGCCCUGGGCGUGUUCCUGCUAGACAUCGGCUUUCGCAAACGUGACACCAUCACCGUGGAAACCACCAUCUCCUCGAUCCCUGGCACUUCCCUCAUCAAAAUCCAAGUCCCCGUCCCCCGCCAGCGUCAGAACCAUUUCCUCCGCGGUGUCGCGCCGGGUGCUCACGUCUACAUUAACGUACCCCCCGCCACUCGCAGCGCUUUUCGCAGAAAGGACGUCAAAGCCGCUAACGAUGCCUCGGAAGUCUUGUUCGAAUUCAUGUUCAACCCCUUCACCAUUGCGCACGUCGAUCAGGACUCUGGAUCCCUCACCCUCGUUGCCCGUCAGCGCGCUGGCCCGAUGACCAAGGGGCUUGCCCGCUUCGCCUCUUCCUCUUCUUCCUCCCCUGCUCCCUCCGCUGGUUCAGCAGAGAAGAAGGCCCUCCUAAACAUCGAAGGCCCCUACGGCGCCGCCAAGCAUUUCCCUACACUAUCCCUCGGAUCCGAAUUCGAUCGCAUCCUGCUCAUAGCAGGCGGCGUAGGCGCCACCUUCACCAUCCCGCUGUACCGCGGCAUUGUCGCUGAGAACCCUGAUACCAAGGUGGAGAUGGUCUGGGCGGUGCGUACAGCGGGAGAAGCUACGUGGGCUGUCAUGGAGAACGAUGCUAGAGAUAUCUUGAAUGAUUCCAACGUGCACAUUUAUCUGACCGGCAACAGUGGGUCUGGUCAGGAAGGUGGAACUGGAACAGGACUUAGUAGCGGUGUUGAUUCCGGUGAGAAUUCACCGGCUUUGAUUAAUUUGGGGGCAGGAAUUAAUGGUGCUGUUGCGAUGGAGAUGAAUACCCUUCGAAGAACGGCUGAUGGUCGGGUGGUUGCUAGAAAGGAGCAACAUCGAAGCAGACCGGAUGUGAAAAAAGUGGUUGAUGAAGUCUUUGCCCAUGAACCGCACGAGCGCGUAGCCAUUUUGGUUUGUGGACCGACCAAGAUGGGGAAACAAGUAAGGAGGUACGUGGGGAGGUAUGUGAACGAGGGGAGGGAGGUUUGGUUCCAUAAUGAGGGUUUUGGGUUUUAG